CCACAGUUUUUAUUACACCGUUCACUUCUCUUUUGGUGCAACUCUCCGGACUCCGGCUUUCACUCUCCAAAGUUUCCCCCAAAACCCCGCGAUGAAGAGACGAGAAAGCGUGCUUUCUUCGUCUUCAUCCCGCCGGGAAACAGCGCCGGAAAACCACCAAGCCAAGAGCGUUGGCUGCAUGUCAGGCAUUUUUCAGCUGGUCUGCAAAUACCAACAGCGCCGGAAGUUCCUCACCUCUGCUCGGAAACAGGAGAAGAACGAUGAUAACGGUAAUUUAUCUCCGGUAAAGCCUAAGCCAACAACGGAAAACAAUGAAGCGGCUGUGACAGCAAUUGGAAGAAAUGGGAAGGAGGGAGAGGCAGUCCAAACGCUAGGAAAGAAUCCUACUUCAGCCUGCGAUUUCCGGAGAUUCUCAUGCGACGUGCCGCGAAGCCCAACAUUGCCGGCGGAGAUCAGGCGGUCAAAUUCUGUCAAUUCACCCGAAGAUUAUCGCCGCCCCCAUCCGGUGGUGGCGCGGCUUAUGGGAUUGGAUGAAAUUCCGGCAUCACCCUCGCCGGAAUCAGCGGCAGAGAAGCGGAGGAAACUGUUGGGUGCGUUGGAGAAAUGUGACGAAGACCUCCAAACUCUUAAGAAGAUCAUCGAAGCCAUUCGGUCGGCGGAUCAAAUGCCUUCGUCGCCGGCGGUGGACAACGCCGGAGUCAAAUGUCCAAGAAGUAGUCCAGGGUCGAGGUCUAUUAGUAAACAAUCGGCAGAAGGAGAUGUUAGCCUUAAAUCUCGAGCAAGUUCUGGGUCCAAACGAAGUUUACGUGUUGAUUCCAACGGUGUAGAUUGGAGGAUGAAGGAGAGGUGUUCGGAGUUUAGCAGCGAGCAGCCGAGUCCCGUUUCCGUUCUCGACGACAUCUCUUCUUCCCCGCUAAUCUCCUGCGAGAGAAGAGGGCAGAGACAUGGAGAACUGAAGAAGGCAAGAGAAGAAAACAUCAGCAUGUCCUUCCAAAGAGUAACUCUUGAAUCACUGCCGAAGCUCGCAAGUCGAAAAGGAGAUUAUCCGUGCCAGUAUUUCGAGUCGACGGUGAAGAAAUCGGAGCAGACAUUGUCGUCGCCGUUUGGGAGUAGCAAAGCCAUGAUACAGAGUGUCAAUGAAGUUUCCAAGGACAUGGAAUGGGGAGAGGGAAGAGAGUUGGUAAGAGUAGGAUUGGUUUUACAAGAUAAUAUAUUUGGAGACUUGAUUGAAGAGGUUGUUAGAGAGAUGGGUUUGAGGAUGCAUCCUUCACUUCUUCCCUUUGAAGCAUGUAGAAGAAGACUAUGUUUUUAGUUCAGUUUACUACAUAUAUGGCUAAUAAAAAAAAAA